AUGAGUGGCAAGAAUGCACCUAUAUGCUAUGAUGUAAAUGUGUUUGAUCCCAGUCAUCUAUGGCAAACUCAAAAUGUCCUUAAAAGCGAGUUACCGGAAAUUGCAACUUCAAUUGCAUUUACGGUAUUAUUGUCGCUUCUCAUCUUCUCCGUCCUAAAACCUCUUCAUCAACCUCGGAUUAUUUCACAUGUUGCUGUUGGUUUCUUACUAACUGGACCAUUACUAUUAGUGAUAGCCCCAUAUUUUCCCAUUUAUAUCGGAACUGCGGUGCUCAACAUUGAAGUUCUAUCGCAUAUUGGUGUCAUAUACUAUGCAUUUAUCAGUGGUUUGGAGAUGGACUUGAAUAGCAUUUUACAUGUUAAAAAGAAAGAUGCAACCAUUGCGAUUUCCGGGAUCAUCUUUCCGAUGGUAAUGGGGCCAAUUUUAUACAAUCUACAUCGAUACUUUUAUGGCAAUGGUGAUGGACCUAAACUCGAAGAAAGUACAAUGAAUGUUUAUGUACAAUGGACUUUAGUUCUCACUAUGACAAGUUUUUCAAUUGUAGCUCACACACUUUCCGAGCUCAAACUUCUUAAUACCGGUCUUGGUCAGACGGCAUUAACAACAGCUAUGAUCAGUGACACAUAUUCUUGGGUUUUAUACACAAUAACUCUUCCAUUUUCAAUUACUGGUAGUAUUGUGGCAAUAUACUCAGUGUUAAGUACCGUCGUAUUUGUUUUCAUUUGCAUUUUUGUGGUGCGUCCUAUCAUCGUAAAGGUCAUUGAUCGCAAGCUUGAAAGAGAUGAAUGGGAUGAUAAACAAUUACUCUUUCUUCUGAUGGGGAUGUUUGUUUGCUCAUAUAUAACAGGUAUUCUUGGCACACAAGAUAUUGUCGGAGCUUUUGUGUACGGGUUGAUUUUGCCUCAUGGUAAAUUUGCUGAUAUGGUCACGUCAAUGACUGAUGACUUUGGUGGCGAGUUUCUGGCCCCGCUCUUCUUUAGUCGCAAUGGAAUGCGCUUCAUUGUGAAAGCCAUAUUCGUCCAUCGAAACUGGCCCUUAACACUUGUGCUUAUAAUCUUGUUAUGUGUUCCAAAGAUUUUAAGCACUUUGUUUACCACUUUAUUUUUUGGCAUGCGUACUCAAGACAGUUUUGCUCUAGGCAUGAUUCUCAAUACUAAGGGUGCCCUUGCAUUGAUAAUGCUCAACACAGCUUGGGAUAGACAUAUUUUUUCUGAACCCACUCAUGCUGUUUUAUCGGCUGCGGUCUUUUUAAUGACUAUUGUGGUUCCUCUCGUUAUUAAUGCGAUAUAUAAGCCCAGGAAGAGAUUUGAGCAGAACAAGCUAAAGACUAUACAAAAGCUUAGACUUGAUGCAGAACUUAGGAUUCUAACAUGUGUUCACAAUACUCGCCACGCUAUAGGGGUUAUCAACCUCAUUCAGUCUUUCAAUGCCACUAGAAUUUCCCCUAUACAUGUUUUUUCACUUUACCUUAUUGAACUCAAAGGACGUACCGGUGCACUUGUUGCUGCUCAUAUGGAUAAGCCUAGUGUGCAACCUGGAGCACAAAAUCUUACCAGUUCCCAGGUAGAGCAAGAAAGCAUUAAUAAUACAUUUGAAGCAUUUGGAGAGGCGUACGAUGCUGUUAGAGUCCGAACCUUAAAUGUUGUGUCAUCCUAUGCAACCAUUCACGAGGACAUAUAUAAUUCAGCUAAUGAAAAACACACAAGCAUGAUUAUACUUCCAUUCCAUAAACACUUAAGUUCAUUAGGUGCACUCGAAACAACUAGUGUUGCAUACAAAGAUAUAAACCUGAAUGUGAUGCAAACUGCACCUUGCUCUGUGGGAAUCUUUGUUGAUCGUAAUCUUGGGACAUUACCGAAAAUGAACUUUCGAAUUUGUAUGAUAUUUGUUGGUGGCCCUGAUGACCAUGAAGCCUUAACUGUUGCAUGGAGGAUGGCGGAGCACCCAAGAACUCGAUUAUCAGUGGUUCGAAUGCUCCUGUUAGAUGUAGCUGCUGAAGUAGACACUAAAAGUCAUAAUGAAACACAAGGAGUAUUAUCUGUUGUAAUGGAUAAUGAGAAGCAGAAGGAUCUAGACGAAGAAUAUGUAAAUUCAUUUAGACUGAAAGCAGUGAAUAACAAUGAUUUUAUAUCCUAUUCAGAGGUUGAUGUCCAUUCAGGUGAAGAUAUUCCCACAAUCCUUGAUGAUUUAGACAAAUUUGGUUGUGAUUUAUACAUAGUUGGACAAGGGCAUCAUAGAAAUGUUCGAGCCUUUUCAAGUUUAUUGGAAUGGUGUGAUUGUCCAGAACUUGGAGUUAUCGGGGAUAUGUUGGCAUCAAACAAUUUUAGUUCGGGUUCAUCAGUGUUAGUUGUGCAACAAUAUGGGUACGGAGGAAUAGUUUCGGGAAAUCAACCUAAUCAUGUGUCCACUAAUAAAGAUGGUUUUGAGGAACUUGUCGUAUAG